AUGGAGGGACUGAGAAGACCUCGGUCCGUCCUAUUGUUGAUAUUAGGCCUUAUAGCUGGGUCCUCACUACUGACACUUCAUGUCUCGCCUUCGGCGAAAGAGUACGCUUCGGAUAAGAUAUCUCUACCUAAAAUAUUCAAGAAGCCAUUAUCAUCUAUACCACAUUACACGCCGUCGUUAUUCUCCCCUUCACUGCACUCAACUCCUAUAGAUUCUUCCACCGAAUCAACCUCUCCCGACCCGCGAAUCAGCCAAACGAGGUAUCUUGGAGGUGUACCAGGACAUCAAGUAUUUCAAAAUAUCUGGAUCAAAGAUAAGACUAUAUACGUGGUGAACCCUAGAAGGAAGACUAUGCCAGGUAUGAGUAGGGUAGUCAGCGGUGAGACUGAAUGGGUGGUUAUAAGGGAUCCAGAAGAAGGUAUGAUGAAAGGUGCAGAAAAAGCUUUAGUGUUGGAGGGAUCAACGAUAUUCAUCAACGAUGGAGCCAAGACAGAUACUUGGCAUUACCUCUCUUCCUACUAUCCUUUUAUUGCAGAAGUCUUCCUAGGUUCAAUAGCGGCAUUGGCGUCUGUACCAGCACCGAGGAAAAUGGUAGAAGAAGUGAGACCUGGAAUAGACGUUCCCAGUAUACCGACAAGACUCAUCAUUCCUUGGAAGGCUGCCGAUGGGUGGAGAGACGAUGAAGGGAUGAACGAGCUGGUCCUCAGAGGGGUUUUGGGGAACAUCAACGUGAUGGAACCCCUGGAAUGGCAUCUCGUUAACGCGGAUUCUGCCAAAACCCAUGAUGGGUGGAUCUUCUUCGAAAGGGCCGUAAUAGCAGAUAGAUGGGCAUCUCAUCGACACAACCCAUUAUCUGACUCCUUGAACAAGAUGGCAGCUAGUAUAUUCUCAAGACCUCAUCCACCGUUCUUUUUCACUCCCGUCCGACUAGCCCUUCUGUCUCACCUAGAAAUUCCGUUACCGCCAAACAGGAUUGAUCCACAAAGAGCAUUAGGGAGAUUACCGAAGAUCGUUUAUGUAGAUAGACAAAAUACAGAUAGGAAACUGAGUAAGCAAGGUCAUCAAGAAUUGUCGGUCGUGCUGGGUGAAAUGGAAGCACUGGGCAAAGCAGUUGUAGGACAUAAGAAAAUGGGUAAAUUGAACGGAAGAGAAAAGGUGGAGAGUGUACAUGAUGCAGAUAUACUGAUUGGUGUCCAUGGUGAUGGAAUAACAAAUCAACUAUGGAUGCCUGAAGGAGGUAUAGUGAUCGAGCUGUUCCCGAAAGACUCUUGGUUACCUGAACAUCAAAUCGUAUCGGAUGUACUGAAUCACGAGUACAUACCUAUUUGGAACGAUCAAGCUCUGUCACGAGAGGAAUGGGAUAAAUUACCUAGGCAACAUGGCGAGCAUUUGUUGAGUAACGGGGAAGAUAUACCGCUCGAUGGGACAUUCUUAAGAUUACUACUAGAGGAGAUAGUUCAGAGGGUGGUAUCACCAUGA